UUUACUUACAUGAUCCAUCAUAUGCAAUGGAGAUUUUGGAGUUAUUGCCUUCCAGUUUUGGAUAUGUUAUCCUUACAUACUUGUAUAGCUGGAUAAUGUUGUGUUAUCUCGGGAUUAAGGUUGGGGGCGCCAGAAAGAAGUACGAUGUCAAGUACCCUACGAUGUACAGUGACAAGGAUCCAGUGUUCAAUUGUAUUCAGAGGGCCCAUCAAAACACACUAGAGGUGUACCCACAGUGGCUUGUGUUCCAGACUAUUGCCUCACUUGUCUACCCAACCUCAGCGGCUGUGCUUGGGGCCAUCUGGGUGACUAGCAGGUUCUCUUAUGCAUGGGGCUACUACACCGGAGACCCAGUCAAGAGGAUGCAAGGCGUCUAUGGAUAUAUUGGGUUAUUUGGAGUCAUCAUUCUUACAAUUUCAGUGGCUUUGCAGUUGCUGGGAGUCAUUUAGGGUGGAUACCACCAUACCAGUAUAUACUUCUGUAAUGGCUUGUACCUUUCAUUCCGAUCACCACUUUUAUAUCGAUUGUUCAAUUUUUCAUAAAUGUUUAGCUAUUUUGAUGUUGUUCCAUGUAACCAAUACUUCAAUAAAAAUGUACAAACUUUCGACAGAA